AGCACUAUAGCACUAGUAUUGGCCUACACUUAAUACACCGUGUAUCAUUUCUAGAGAACGCUAUGCAGGUGAUUAACUAGACGGCUGCAGCGUGUUGUUUCUGUAUUAUCUCGCAAGCGUGGACCUCAAAUGGAUACUCUGGCCUUGAUGGUAUAAUAGGUGACUUUAUUUUGGUUUGGAGGAUGUACAAGAGGGAAGAAAUAACCCUUGGAUCCGCGUGUGCGUAGGGUUUAAGAGGCCAUCGUAUCGGACUCACGUUUGGCGUGUCGUACGUGUGUGUGUGUGUGUGUGUACGUACUUGGAGCGCCCUGCCAGCUGUACACAUAACACGGACAAAGGACGAGAGAGAUUAUAUUCACGAUUAUUUAUCUACGGUGUGAUUCUACGGUAGAAACUAGGAAUACCAAGCAGCGCGUGGACGGACUCGUACGCGGGGAUUUAUGUUCAGCUGCGGUGAAGGAUCCAUUCCGAGGAAUGGGAGUGUACUAAAAAUAGGCCCCACCGGUCUACCUUAUGGCAGCCAUCUGUCAUUUACACUCCCGGUGUAGACCUAAUCAUCAAACAGACGUCUUCCGAAGGCAGCAGACGACACUGGAACGCUUCGCGAUGUGUAGCAGACGACACCCCGCUAGGUGAGGCUUAAUCACAGGAAAUUUCAUUGAAACGUUAACCGUAUAUAUCGCCAGCUUAGCACAUGUAAUUAUUGAGUUGUACCGGGCGCAUGGACACAAAGAGCUACAGUAUUGGCUCUGUACACAUAAACCAAGGAGCGCUACCGAUUUCAUAAAGGAGGGCAUUAUUCCAGGAAAUUUCAUAGAAGCGAUAACCAUAUUUUGUCUACUGUCAGCUAUUAUUGAAUUUCCCCCAACUCGCCAGCCGAGGAGAGUAUACUGCGGUCUAUGUGUAUUUCCAAGGAAUACGGGCUCGGUUAGAUCAUGGGUAUAAAUUCCGAGAAAUACCACAAAAGAGAUACCCUCAUCACGUCUUCCAUGCCAUUCCAUUGAGUCGCCUUCAUCACCAAUAUAGCACAGUAUAAUAUUGUAGUUUGUGUGCACGGAAAUAGCGUUAUCGGACGUAAAGGGUAAAACAGCUAAAGCGGCUAUAGCUGCUCACACUACAAGGUCGAUACGCCAAUUUGUAAUAUUUUAUAUGAAAAUAUUAGCUGCCUCGAUGAAGGGAAUCCUCGUGCUAUUCUGAUAGGUCGGCUACCGGAAAAACCUCUCGCUUCUCAGUGCGUUCAUGUGAUUCAUCUCUAACCUAUGAUCUCCGAAUUACAGGUGAUUAAAAAAAAAAAAAAGAAAAUAUCGAUGCGAAAAUGAUUAAAUAGGGUCUAUGUCUAACGUGUUAUUGCUGCAUGGAGGCAUUUUGCUAAAUCAAGUAUGCAAAUGUAAUGAUCUAUUUUUAGCCGUAACCUCACUGAAGCAAGUUGAAAUAACCAUCAACAGAAGCAGACGAUUAGUGUGAGAAAGAAUAGAGGAAAGUGCGUCUGCUUCGGUGUUAGAAGCAAGCUGGGAUACUCCUGUAAAUACAUAACCUGCUAUUCAAAAACAUCAUCGUCUGUCAAUUCAAGACGAAACCACAGCAGACGAUAUAAGUACGACACAAAGGAAGCGACUAUCGUCUGCUCAAAAAAUGAAUUCAAGCCAGAAGGAGCAGGUGUAGUUUGGAAAGAAAGGCACUUCUGGUUGAUUCAAGUUGUCGUCUGCGCGAGGUAGAUAAGACAAAGGUCACAUGGUGCGAAUUUAGGAUGUCCAUGUUCACAGAAUGAAGAAACAAAACGUAAGGACGUUAAGUUUAAUCGUGUGCACGUUCACGUAUUUACUCGUCGGAGCGGCUGUAUUCGACGCUCUCGAAUCCGACGAGGAGAAAAGGGAGAAAUCCCGACUGGAAAAUGAGGAGGAGGCCAUCAAAAAGAAAUACAACAUUACGGAACAAGAUUUUGAAAUUUUACGGAAAAAUGUACGACGGUCGAUCCCGCACAAGGCUGGAAUACAGUGGAAAUUUGCCGGGGCUUUUUACUUCGCAACUACCGUUAUAACCACAAUCGGUUAUGGCCACAGCACGCCGAAAACCGUCGGAGGCAAGAUCUUCUGUAUGUUCUACGCUCUCUGUGGCAUCCCAAUGACCCUGGUUAUGUUCCAGAGUAUCGGUGAACGUCUCAAUACCUUCGUCACAUUCAUCCUCAAGCACGUCAAAAAAUGCCUCAAAUUGAAAAAUACCGAGGUCAGCCAGACAAACUUGAUCAUGGUCGGCCUGAACAUGUGCACAAUAGUCCUUACAUCGGGAGCGGCGGCGUUUUCCAUAUACGAAGAUUGGCCGUAUUUAGAUUCCUUUUAUUACUGUUUUAUAACGCUUACGACUAUAGGGUUUGGGGACUUUGUAGCCUUACAGAAGAGCAAGGCGUUGCAAAGUCGCCCAGACUAUGUUGCAUUCAGUUUGAUAUUUAUACUCUCCGGUCUGGCGGUAUUGUCCGCCAACAUGAAUCUCUUAGUGCUGCGAUUUUUGACUCUAAACACAGAGGACGAGAGGCGGGAGGAGUUGGAGGCGGCGGUCGCGGCAAGAGGAGCCGUUCGACUGGAAGGAGACAUUAUUGUUCCCAACGGGAAUGUCAUCCAAGGACAACCCCAGGAAAACCCCGAGUAUAGUGACCUUGCCUCGGUCUGCUCAUGCACGUGUUACAACCUCCGAGCCAGAGCGUCUGAAAAAAAGCACAGACUCUUGUCCCGCUCGCCAGGCGGCGGCAAAGGCGCUCACCACGUGCAGAUGACGUCAAUGAACUCAAACCGAGACCAAGAUCUCCACAGUUGUUCCGACGAUGUGUCUUUACAAUUCCCCUACCAAUACCUCUCCCGGAAAAGAGCGUCUAUAUAAUGACAUUCACCACUGCUAACAUAAUUGUAUCCAACAAAAAGGGCAGUAUUUUGCGUGCGAUAAAAAUGAUAAAAUAUCUCAACGCUGCAAACACACUUGGGUCACCAUUUUAUGUUGGGCCAUGGUUAACUGCCAUUGACUACUGUGGAAGACCACCACAUCGCCAAGAGAUCAUCGCAUUUAAUCCAUCCUCUCUCAUUUUUACACAUACCGUAUAUGGCUCUUAAUCAAUCAAUGCGUUAUACUGUGGUUUACUUCAAACAUACCUCAGGCACAUGCUGUUCAAAUGAGAUUCAUGGUCAUAUGAAACAAAGACGCAUGCGUACCGUGGGUUUUGAAAGUCCACCGAAAGAGGGUGCUGUUGCUGCUACCGGACGCACAACUGGACGAGCCGUAGGAUCGAGGUGUGACCAAGGACAGAGGAGUGACCAUGAGUCGAAGCUUAACAAAUGAAGUGCAUGUAUUGCUGAUGUCCAAGCGCAGUGAGCAACGCAAUCAAUUGCCAAGAGCUUGCUUAACAAACGCAAUCAAUUGCCAAGAGCUUGCUUAACAAACGCAAUCAAUUGCCAAGAGCUUGCUCAACAAACGCAAUCAAUUGCCAAGAGCUUGCUCAACAAACGCAAUCCAUUCAUUCUUGACUUUCACUUAUUGCGAUAGGACCAACGAGAAGGAACAACCCAGAGGUUUGCACAAACUGAAAGAGAGUUUUAAUUUUGAAAUGAUAGUAAUGAAAAAAAAAGGGAUUACAUAAUCCAGAUGACAUGAUAAUAAUAAUGCCAAUGGCAGGAAUUGGAAAUAAAUCACGAAGGAUUUUUGGUUAAAACCACCGCAUCAAACAGGAUGCAACUUGGUUUAUGGGAUGCUUUCGUCUCUGUAUGGAUUUAAAGGUGCAGUAAUAUUUUAAUUCAUUUAUUUUGUGGCAGAAAGACGCAUUUGCAUAUGCGAGUGGCAAAAAAGGUUGCUGAUUGGUCUGUUUUAUGAGCCAACGAGUUUCCAGAUGUUAUGCCAAUACAAAUGCUGCUGCAUUCUCAAGACUGCUACAUGUAACUUAUUGCGCAUGCUCGAAAAAGAGGAAUUCAGCACACACACAUAAUGCGAUGAGAGACUUGCGUACAUUAACGAUGGGUGCUCUGUCGUUAUUUUUAAUACAGAUACAAUAUCCAAGUUUUGAUGUUGUUGACUUUGAAUGCUAUAGUUGUGUCCUAGCUUGUGACGCUAUCGUACAUGUACAACAAACACACACGUCACAGAACCAAAUUAUAUGUUAUGUUUUUUCCUUGUUAACAAGCGGUGUGCUAAUCUAAUACCACGAGAUAUGAUAUGUCAGAUUCAUAUUUCCUUUAUUCAUAUUUUUUUUCCUCAUAUUGUAUAAAUGAACUAAUUUUUUUUCACGUGGCGUUACCAGCACUUGCAGUUUCUUUAAUAUACCAUUCCUUCAUUUUUAGCUAAGGUAAUGAAAAACUCUUGCAUUUUUUAUUUUCGGAUUUGUGUAAUUUUUUUGUACUUUUUGAAUAAUUUAAUGUAAAAUUUAGGCAACCUUCUUAGACUGAGUUAAUGUUACUUCUUUCUGACGAGCAUUUUUAAGGAAUACAUUGGUAUUUGGGGGGUCCGCAAUCAUUCACGCAUACAUUCUACUUCGAACCAAGCUAUUUCUUUUUAAUUUUAGCGAAAUUGACUCAGUUUAUAUCCCAGAGCAAUAAUGCUUCGGGUCAUAUUUGAUUCUGAGUUGGAUAAAGACCGCCAUUAGGCGCAGAGCACUACCCUCAGCACACAUGGUAAAUGUGCUAUAGAAUAGCAAUUCCUAAAAGGUACAUUUUCAACAAUGAAGACAUACUCUUUUAUUUAGACAUAGCAGGAAGUACGCUAUUGAGAAUAUAGACUAACAUGUGUAUAGGCUACAGUAUGUAUGGACGUUUUAUACCAAAAGUUGAAAUGCUCAAACGUUAUAGUUUAUCUUUUACGACUAUUUUAAUGUAUACAUAUUUACUUAGACAUGGUUGGGUAUCGUGUUUUUUUUAUUAAUUUUUCUGUAUUUUGUCUUCCUGCGUUGCAGCAUUUGCUUCAUCUUCCACGGCAGAGUGUACGUUUGUAGAGAAGAUUCUACAUUGGCUGGUUUGCACAUAUACGUGUUGCAUUAGUCGCACCUACUGCACCUAACUGUCAGAAAUGUACGUGUAAGGCAGGCGACAAAAUGACGCACACCUAUAUUUUGUUUAGAUUUCAAAAUAACUUGGAGAGAUGCGUGAGAUGUAAUGGAAUUAGUUUUUAAUCGUCUCUUGAGGAAGGCUAUAGCAGUGCAUAUUAUUCUUUCUAAAUAGACUAAACCUACAUGUACACUCUACGUACGAGUAAUCCUAAACUACGUACGAGUAAAACUAGACUUAAACUGUACGUAAGAGGGAGCUUGUGUCGUUGACCGCUUUACGCGUCCCGGUGUAUGCCGGUGUGACAGGAAUAGGAUACCUACACCUGUAGGAACGGACGUCCGAGGUCCCAUGUAUGAUAGGGACAAUUUCCACAGAUAUUUGAUCGAUUUAUCUCCACGGGUAGUCUCACUAAAUUGCCAUCUGCUAUCGGCGAGGCCGAGCGUGCAAGAAAGUCAAUUACCUCCCUUGCUGAUUCGGUAGGCGUGACAGACAUUUAAGUCUCCUCAGCUGAUAGCAAUUUAGCGUGAACACCCAGAUAGAUCGAUCUAGGCAUGAAAACACAGUCAUAGAGUACAGGUUACGGUUAGUCGUGGAUUUUUAUUUACUUACUUAUUUAUUUAUUACUUAUUUAUUAUU